GCGUCCCCUUUGUGUUUUGGUUGGUGCGGAAAUAGAUCCAACCGGCAUGGCUGCUCGUGUGAGAUUUAAUAUGUUUCUGAAAUUAAUCAGUUAGUAUGAGUUUUUGUUUUAAAGACAAACAGUAAGACUGACAACAGACGAUGUAAAUAUGUAAAUUUAGAGAGUGUUAGCUCUUAAAAUGGCCCACAGUGGAGCCGAAGCAGCUAGCAUAGCUUACAAAGUUUUCACGUUUAAAGACAAGAAGAAGAAACCGGAGGAGUCGCUUUCUGUCUCCAUCCCUGAGGUUCUGGACCCUCAGUAUGGCAUGUAUGUGUGGCCCAGCGCAGUGGUUCUGGCUCAGUAUCUGUGGACGUACAGAGACGAGCUGAAAGGGAAGACGGUGCUGGAGCUCGGUGCCGGUGUCGGGCUGCCUGGUGUGGUGGCGGCGAGCUGCGGUGCUGCAGUGAUCCUGUCCGACAAACCUUCAUGUCUGCAGAACUGCAGGCGCAGCUGCGACGCCAACGGCCUUCAGGAGGUGGCGCUGGUGGGGCUGAAGUGGGGCGAGGUGUCCCCGGACCUCGUCCUGCUGCCCAGACUGGACGUGAUUAUCGGAUCAGACGUCUUUUACGACCCCCGAGAUUUUGAGGAAGUCAUCGUGACUGUUGCUUUCCUUCUGAGGAAAAACCCUAAAGCCCAGUUCUGGACCACAUACCAACUCAGAAGUGCUGACUGGUCGAUCGAGUCGCUGCUGCAUCGCUGGAAACUGAACUGUGUUGAAGUUGAGCUCGACCAGUUUGAUGCUGACAGAUGUGAUCUGGCCGGGUCGAGUCUGCCGGGAAAACACAGCAUCCAGAUGAUGAUCAUAACCCAGAGGACAGAGUCGGGCCACGGUUAGCAUGAGUUAGCAUUAGUUAGCAUUUCAGACACAAACAACUUCAUCCUUCAAGUGGAAAAUCUCUCUGACAGCAGCGUCUCUGUUGGGAAUUAGAGCUGAAAUGAACAUACAUUUUUAUUUUCAACAACAAAACUUCUCCCCAGUACUUUUUAACAACAAAACUGGUACUCCCCAAUGAACAGCAGUCUUUGUGAUCCAAUGAGUCCACGUCAACACUUUGUCAAAAUAGCAAAAAAAACCUAGACCCCUCACUGUACUUGCCACAUCAAAAAUGAUCUAAAAAAGUACAUAAGUUGUUCAAAACACAAAAAUGAUUCCAAAUGAUACAAAAUCUGUCCAAAUGAAUUCAAACUUGUGUAUAACUGCUCUAAAGUCCAAAACAACAUAAAACCUGUUCAGAACAACUCAUGAUUGCGCCAAAAUGACAAAUUUUAUCCAAAGUAACUUUUUCCAAAAUGACACAAACUUUUCCAAAGCUCAAAAAUGGUGCAAAAUAACACAAAAUUUGUCCACAAAUUGUUCAAACGUUCCACAUAUGGGAUUAUAUUGAUGUUAGAGUCUUAAAAGUUCUUGAAAUGUUGACCAAAGACUAUUUCAGUAGAAACAUGGAUCCAUCCACGUACGUGCACUUACAGGAACUUCAUAGUGACACAAUACCAGCCUGGAUUGAACAUUUUGGAAUCCCCCCCCCCCCCCACUGUGUCCUCUGCUGGAUCCAUUCAAUCAUUCUGAUCUGAUGAAACUAUUCUUUCUGUUCUCACCACAUUUCAUGUUUGUUAGUUUUAUUUCUGGAGAUAUUGAACCUUCAAAUGUCUUCUCAGGUUCUUUAAAGUUCAAAUAUAAAAAUUCCAUGUCUGGAAACAAAUGAAAUUGAGCUAAAUUAUGUCACAGAACUCAGUUUUAGUUUCUGAAGAAUAAAACAGUGAACAGUGAAGAAAACUGUGCUGCUAGUUAGAGGUGGCCGGAUCGAUCCAAAUAUCGAUACCAGCGUAGUAUUGAUAACAAGCGAUACCAGUGUAAUGAGAUUGGUACUUUAGUUUCAUUUUCUUUUCUGUAUGCCUGAUCUGAUGUGGUUUCAUCAACAAGUGAUCUGACUGUCAGAGCUCCUCCUGUCACAGAGCAGAACCACUUUGCUCCUCUUGUGUUUGGAUGUUUUGCCAUCAUGCGACUCAGCAGCACCAGAUAAGAACUCAAUGUAAGCAGUGUAAACAGGCUCAGCCAGUUCAACCACAUACAUCGUAGUAUCAGGAAGUAAAAUUAUGAUUUUUUUCUGAGUUUCUGUCAGUCCACUCCUGCCUGCUUUAUAAAACCAGCUGUUUAGCUGUGGUGCAUUUCUCAACCUAAACUGAGGGAAGAGGAGGCAACGAAGGAGACAGACUGAGACUCCGCUGAUGAUCAGAUUGCAGACAGGAAGAAACUGAACCGGUGAGCCAAUUACAAAUUACAAAGACUAGUGCUGUAACAGGGCUAUAAAAUUAAUUAAUCAUUAAUCAUAGUCAUGAUUUAAGCUUCUAACCACGAUACAAAAACGACUGACUUAAGCCUUCAAAAUGUAAAAAACCGCUCCGCUCUUAAAAGACGUAGCUCUGUUUCCUUUGCACAUGGAAAGCAACACGUGGAUAAAAUCAAUCGCUUUCAUCUUGUACAAAUCGGAAAUGAGAACACUUCAUCUCACUCUUUUUAAAGUAUACUGACAGUCAAUAGAAACUUUGAGGUAGAAAUAUACGCAGAAUUCUACUUGAAGGGGGGUUGUAAUUAUUCAUUGUGGAUUUACUGAUGAUCUAGUGCCCUGGUAGUUGAGAUAAUGAUGAGUUGUCAUUUUGUCAUGAUUCAUUGCAGAUGGGUUGGUCACUUUGCAAAAGUGAACCAAAUACACACCAAGCAUUACUCAGUGAGUAUCUGCACAAUUUGAGAAUGGGUUUUGAAGGCCUAUAUAAAGGCCCAAAAAAGGCCACCAUUGUUAGUCCAGUGAACAGCAUCAUGAAGGGUCUAUCACAUGAACAACGUCUCCGGGCACUGGGUAUGGUGGAGGCCGGUUUAAGCUACAGUGAUGUAGCCAGGCGUAUGGGCUGUUCCCAACCCACAAUCAGAAGCCUGGUCCAAAGCAUGCGCCGAAGGGUUGCUGCCUGCAUCCAAGCAAAUGGAGGCCAUACUCGGUAUUGACUGUUGUGACUUUGUGUUUGGCAGGUGCUGUUUUCUUUUGUGAAAUUCUUUAUUUUGAAAUCAUUCUUGAAACUUUAGAUUUUUGUUUCUGUAUGCCAAUAUGCUAAACAAAUGAUUCAUAUGAAGAAAAUCCAGUUUGUUGAAAAAUAUGGUCUCAAAGUUUUUAAUGACUGUCAGUGUAAGUUUGGCUCACACACCUGUCUGAGCACCACAGAAAGUGAGCAGAAUCUACCACAGUCUGCACUGUGAGGCAUUUAUCAUUAACAUCAGUAAAUGUAUGUAAUAAGAAUAUCAGGGCAAAUUGUUUUACAGCUUUGUUUGGGGUCAUCCCACCGAAUAUUUCAGUGACAGCCUAUCAGGCCAGCGCUAUAGCUUAUAUUGCAUUAUUACAUUGCGAGACGCGUAAUACUACUCAACUGGAAAAAAGCAGCUCCACCAUCUUUAAAACGUUUGAUGGAGGAAGUUAUGUCUCAUCUAAAACUGGAGCAUUUAAGACAGACUCUAAAUGGUUCUCUCCAAACCUAUGAGAAGAUCUGGCAACCUUUUCUCAUUUUCUUUGAGACUAAUUUCAAAAUAUAGCCCUCUUUUCUUUUUCACUCCCUUAACCGAUUGUGUCUGGUAAUCAUGUUUGUUUCAUUUUGCUGUUGCAUUAAUGUCACUAAUAUUCUACUGUCAUUUAACUUUAUUUGAUGUCUCCCUUAAAUCUUUUUUUGUGAGCACCGACUGCAGUUUUGUGUUUCUGUAUGUUCAUAAAUGUAAAAGCAAUAAAAAGAUUUGAAUAAUAA